AUGGCAUUCUCCGGUUUUGAAGGGUUUGAGAAACGGUUGGAGCUGCAUUUCUUUGGUGAUGAUCCAGCAAUCCUCCAACUGGGUCUUAGAAAACUUGAGUUUGAAUGUAUAGAACAAACCCUACAAGCUGUUCAAUGCACGGUGGUUUCAGCCGUUGGAAACUCCUAUUUUGAUGCCUAUGUGCUAUCAGAAUCAAGCCUCUUUGUGUACCCAACAAAGAUCAUAAUCAAAACAUGUGGGACCACCCAACUUCUCAAAUCCAUUCUUCCUUUGAUCUUCUACGCACACAACCUCUUAGGCCUCACUCUUACCUCUUGCCGCUACACCAGAGGUAGCUUCAUCUUCCCCAAGUCACAACCUUUCCCUCACACAAGUUUCAAAGACGAAGUAACCUUCUUAGAAACCACACUCCCUCCAAAUUUAUGCUUCAGAAAAGCCUCCAUCAUGCCCUCAAAAUCUUCCUCACAUUCAUGGCAUGUUUUCACCGCCACCACCAACCCCUCUCAUGCACCUUAUGAUCACCACCACCCAUUCACCAUGGAAAUAUGCAUGACCGACCUCGACCCCCUCCUCGCCGGGAAAUUUUUCCGCCGACCCGGCGACGGAAAAUCCGGCGACUCUGCCGGAAAAGAGAUGACGGAGCUAACCGGCAUCGACGAAAUAAACGAACACGCUCUGGUGUGCGAUUUCGCGUUCGACCCAUGUGGGUACUCCAUGAACGGCAUGGACGGGGACUGGUACUCCACCAUUCACGUAACCCCAGAAGACGGUUACAGCUACGCAAGCUUUGAGUGCGUGGGGUCCACGUGCAUGAAUGGUGACGUGGACAUAGUCCACGUGUUGAGGAAGGUGGUUCAGAUUUUCCGACCGGGAAAUAUGUCGGUGUCUACGACGUCGUGCGGUAACUACGGGAACGAGGUUUGGAGAAAGGUUGCAGGUGCGGUGGAGCCUCUGGGGUUGAAAUGCCGUAGCUGUGUGAUGGACCAGUUUCCGGCGGCAGGGAGUGUUGUGUUUCAAACGUUUUCGCCUCUUCGCCGGAAAAGGGCACAGUAA